CAUUGGAAUCAGCUGACAGCCACGUGAUCAUUAGGGGCACAGCUUCAUUUUGGAGUUUAGUGUUGCAUACAGAUUAUGCCUUCAGACUCGCUCGUCAACAGUUAGUCGUCCUUGCCACAAUGCAGAUACUGGUUCCAGUUUUUGCUGUACUUUGCAGCUGUCCCGUUUGGAGUACGCACCUGGAGCCUGACCAGGACACUUCGGUACCUGAGGAGUGGAGCCAUGCUGGUCGAGUUGCACCCUCAGACCGGGUGGAGCUGACUUUCGCUCUGAAGCAACAGAAUGUGGAUCGGCUGAGAGCGCUUCUGGACCAGGUGUCAGACCCAGACUCGCCGCAAUACGGGAAGUUCCUGUCUCUGGAGGAAGUGGCAUCUCUGGUACGCCCAUCUCAGUUGACUCAUAAAGUGGUGAGGAGUUGGCUACAGAGUCAUGGGGUGAAGGACUGCCAGUCCGUCGCUACAGAGGACUUCCUGCAUUGUGAAAUGACAGCCCACGUGGCGGAGAGACUGCUCCCCGGCAGCCAGUUUCACCGAUACUGGAACGGUCAGCGCUCCCUGGUGAGGUCACCGUCCCUGUAUUCUGUUCACGAGGACGUGUCCAAGCACCUGGACUUCGUGGGAGGUGUACACCGGUUCCCGCCUAAGAUGCAGGCUGUCAGCCGAGGCUGGACCAAUGGGAAGCCGCGGGAGGCGGAUUUCCACCUGGGAGUCACGCCCACGGUCCUGAGGAGUCGCUACAACCUGACGGAGGCGGACGUGGGCUCUGCAGAGAAUAACAGCCAGGCGGUGGCACAGUUCCUGGAGCAGUUCUACCACCCCGCGGACCUGGCGAUGUUCAUGUUCCUCUUGGGCCGGGGGUUCAAGCACAUGUCCGAGGUGACGCGGGUGGUGGGCACCCAGGGCGGGGGUAAGGCGGGGCUGGAGGCCAGCCUGGACAUAGAGUACAUCAUGAGCACUGGAGCCAACAUCUCCACCUGGGUCUUCACCAAUCCGGGUCGCCAUGAGUCGCAGGAGCCCUUCCUGCAGUGGAUCGUGUUGCUUAGCAACAUGUCCGCUGUGCCCUGGGUCCACACCAUCAGCUACGGCGACGACGAGGACAGCCUGGCGACCGCUUACAUGACGCGCAUCAACACCGAGUUCAUGAAGGCCGGAGUCCGGGGCAUCUCCAUGCUGUUUGCCUCCGGGGACAGUGGAGCUGGCUGUAGACACUUGACCAAAAGCAACGUGUUCAGGCCAAGCUUUCCUGCAUCUAGUCCCUACGUGACCACAGUGGGUGGGACGGCCCUCAAGAACCCUUUCGCAAUGUCCUACGAGGUUACGGACUACAUCAGUGGGGGCGGGUUCAGCAACGUAUUCGCAAUGCCCAACUACCAGGUCAGCGCUGUGAAUGGCUAUCUGAAGACUAUGCAGGCCCUUCCCCCCAGCACCUACUUCAACACCAGCGGCAGGGCCUACCCAGACAUAGCUGCUCUUUCCGACAACUACUGGGUAGUCAGCAAUAGAGUGCCCAUCCCCUGGGUGUCUGGCACCUCUGCCUCCACUCCAGUUGUGGGAGGGAUGCUCUCGCUGAUAAACGACCAGCGCUUCCUUAAAGGCCUGCCCUCCCUCGGCUUCCUCAACCCCCGUCUGUACAAGCUGCUGGGCCAGGGCCUCUACGACGUGACCGACGGAUGCCACCUGGGGUGCCUGGAUGAGCAGGUGGAGGGGAAGGGUUUCUGCGCGUCACCGUCAUGGGACCCUGUCACUGGCUGGGGAACACCCAAUUAUCCUGCACUACUGGCAGCUCUCCUGGAUUAGCAAUUCCCUGAGCUGCACAUGGGCACACCAUUGCUCCUUCCAUCUUUCUGCAAUACCCAAUCAUAUCACUUCUCUCACUGACCCAUGCAACUCACUUGGCUUUAAUCCUUUAACAUGAGAUCAUAUUUCGUGGAAAUCUACAGGUAAAUUAUGUGUAUAAGAACUAAAACAUCACCUACACGUUUUACUGCAUUCCUUAAUUUAAUAUCAGACUAUAAAUGUGUACAGUUACUCCGGCAGUCCAUUGCAUUAUAUUGAGAAUGAGCCAUUUAAAAUUAGCCAGUGAGCAAAAUCAACAUUUGUGCCUGUUUGUUAGUCCGUCAGGAUGGAGUCUAUACUGUAAAGCUGUGGCUGCCCUUGGGUAAUCGGCAUGCAGGGAUUGUGCUAUAUUUUAAAGAAAUUCUAUUUUAAUGGUUUCAUUGAUUGGUAGAAAUUGGCAGGAAUGCCACAAAAUAUGGUUUUCAACUUUUAAAGGUGUCACUUUAUAUUCUGUAAUGCCAUCUGUCAAUUAGCCCAAUUUAGAUGUGAGGAAAUGCUGUGUUUUUUAUGUCGUGUUGGCAUUAAGCACUGCCUUUGAAAGGCUUUGCUUCAGUGCUCCCUCCCUGCAGAAUAUCGAUUAUCUCCUUGUAGUUUUUGCGAGACAAUUUUUACUCUAACCAGCACCUCUUACUUGAAAAAAGUGAUUUAAGAAAUCACUUUUGAAAGUGUUUUGUGCUUGUUAUGAAAUGCACUGAAUUCUUUCAAAUGACAGAUUAAUCUACUACAUGAUUUGAAGUGUAUGGAAUGAUAGUGUUUGUGACGGAACGUGUGAUGAAGACUGUAAGGCUGAUGGGACGUGUGAUGGAGGCUGUAUAAUUUUAAUCAGGAACGCUACAGUGACCUAUUUCAGCGCCAGCAACACAUUUUUAAAAUUGUUUUCUAACUGAAAACACACCACAUAAUAUUUUUUGUAACAGCAUUUCGCGGAAUUGUCCCAAUAAACACAUUUGUUGGGUCAGUAUGUUAUUGCUUUGAGUUCUGAUAAUUGGUAAUAUGCAAUCAGUCGUGUACAGUAAAAACUGCUUGCCUGCAAAUGUUUGUUGUGUAAUGUGUGUGAUUUUCAGUUUCAUUCUUUUUGCAGAUGUGUACAGGUGGAAGUAUGAGCACUGUUUCUAUGUCUACAAUGCUGCAUUGAAUUUCAAGAAAAUAAAAUUGAUUUAAAUUUUUUAA